AGAGAGAGAGAGAGAGAUGGGGGAGGGAGGAGAAAGAAAGGAAGAGAGGGAGAUUGAUCAUUUGAACGUCCUGGGCCUUGCGAUCCUUUGAGAAACACAAUUUCUACUACAUCCAAAAACGUCGCUUUUUGAAAUACGCACAUUUUUGCGGACUUAAAGCUUGAGGCUUGUUGUUCUUUUCUUGUUUCUUUUUUUUUUGGGUUAUUCCCACCCAGGAGACGUGCCAUCGCCACCACCAGCAGCAGCAGUAGCAGCAGCAGCAGCAGCAGCAGAGGAAUAUCUCCCAAUAUCCCAUCCCGGGCACGUCGGAUAAGCUGCAGCAGCGAAAACACGAGGCGAAUAUUGCGGUGGACGGGAACGGGAACAUGCUCCGUGGGAUUUCGCACCUCUCACCCUGGCAGGGAGGCAGUUUGGGCUUGUUAUGGGGGUGACCGGAAGGAGAGAGUGACAGAGGAACAGUGAUGCUACUGUUUACAUAACGAGAGACUCACACACACCCACACACACACACACAGACACACAUACACGCACACAUGCUCAAAUCGCCAGUCCAGGACGUACACACUCGCUUAAACACUUCCACACAUACACACGCAUACAGACACAUAUUCAAGGGACUCGCUGACUGAGUCACCACACACUCAGAGGCACAGAAUCACUGACUCACACACAGGACCAAACACACGCACAGACAGACACACACACACACACACACACACAUACACACACAAAAGCAAAAGGUUGUUUGCAAGAGUCAGGACUGUGUGUUGUAUGUGCUAUGGGCCAAGCUGAGCAGCAGCUGUGUGUGAGUGUUGGAUACCUCUGAAGGGUCAACACAGCCGCAACCCUCGCCCUCCCCAACCCUUCCUCCUCCCUUCCCAUCCCUCAUCUCCCAGGUACCCCUAAACGCACCAUCAUGUCCGAGCUGAGGACCAGGAGAACUCCCCUGUCCCCUCUCCCAACCUUCUCCUCCCCGUUCGGGUUUCUAUCCCUCCUUCUUUCCCUCUGCCUCUCCCUUUCUCUCUACCCGCCCUCCUUAUCAGCACAGCAGACUGUGCCUGUCAUCUCCACGGCGCAGGGCCGCAUCCGGGGUAUCCUGACCCCGCUGCCCUCUGACCUCCUGGGACCAGUCAUCCAGUACCUGGGAGUACCGUACGCCAGGCCUCCAACGGGGGACCGGCGCUUCCAGCCACCUGAGCCUCCUCUGCCCUGGCCGGGAAUACGAAAUGUGACGCAGUUUGCUCCAGUGUGUCCACAGUCUCUGGAUGAGAGGAGCAUGUUGGGAGACAUGAUGCCGUCCUGGCUCACGGCUAACCUGGAUAUAGCGGCAACGUACCUUACUCACCAAAGUGAGGAUUGUCUCUACCUCAAUAUCUACGUGCCCACCGAGGAAGACAUUCAUGAGGAGGGGGGUCAGCGGCCAGUGAUGGUCUACGUCCACGGGGGCUCAUACACAGAAGGCACUGGCAACAUGAUGGAUGGCAGCGUACUGGCAAGCUACGGCAACGUCAUUGUCAUAACCCUCAACUAUCGCCUAGGAGUACUGGGAUUUCUUAGUACAGGUGACCAGGCGGCAAAAGGGAACUACGGCUUGCUGGAUCAGAUCCAGGCUCUGCGCUGGGUGAAGGAGAACAUCGCAGCUUUCGGAGGAGACCCAAGCAGGGUCACGGUGUUUGGAUCCGGGGCUGGGGCCUCGUGCGUCAGCCUGCUCACUUUGUCUCACUACUCGGAGGACCUGUUCCACAGAGCCAUCAUCCAGAGCGGCAGCGCUUUAGCCAGUUGGGCUGUCAACUACCAGCCCAGCAAGUACGCCCGGCAGCUUGGUGAGAGGGUGGGCUGCGGCAUCGACGACAGCACCCAACUGGUCGCUUGCCUCCAGGGCCGGAGUUACCGCGAGCUUGUGGAGCAGAACAUAACACCAGCCAAAUAUCACACGGCUUUUGCCCCGGUGAUUGAUGGUGAUGUUAUACCUGAUGACCCCCAGAUUCUGAUGGAGCAGGGAGAGUUUCUGAACUACGACGUGAUGCUGGGGGUUAAUCAGGGCGAGGGCGUAAAGUUUGUGGAGGGCAUUGUGGACUCUGAGGACGGUGUCACGGCUGAGGACUUUGACUUUGCAGUGUCAGACUUUGUGGAUAGUUUAUAUGGAUACCCAGAAGGUCGAGACACGCUGAGAGAGAGCAUCAGGUUUAUGUACACGGACUGGGCGGACCGUGACAAUGCAGAAACACGGCGGAAGACUCUGGUAGCGCUAUUCACAGACCACCAAUGGGUGGCGCCAGCGAUCGCCACAGCUGACCUCCACGCUCAGUAUGGAUCCCCCACCUACUUCUACUCCUUUUACCACCACUGCCAGAGUGAUGCCACGCCACCCUGGGCUGACUCCGCCCAUGGUGACGAGGUGCCCUACGUGUUCGGCGUGCCCAUGGUGGGGCCCACUGAUCUGUUCAACUGUAACUUCUCCAAAAACGACGUGAUGCUGAGCGCUGUUGUCAUGACUUACUGGACCAACUUUGCCAAGACUGGUGACCCAAACCAGCCAGUUCCUCAAGAUACCAAGUUCAUCCACACUAAACCAAACCGUUUUGAAGAAGUGGCUUGGUCUAAGUACACCCCUAAAGAGCAGCUGUACCUCCACAUCGGCCUGAAGCCCCGAGUCAGAGACCACUACCGUGCCACCAAAAUCUCCUUCUGGCUCCAGCUGGUUCCUCACUUGCAUCAUGUCAACGAGCUCCUCCAGUCGGUGUCCUCCUUCACCCAUAGUCCCUCUCCACAGGAUGACACUCCUUAUUCUUACACCAAGCGUCUAGCCAAAGGUUGGCCGCCUAGCAGCACACGCCAUCCAGGUCAACAAGGAGGUACUCCACAGCCCCCGGAGCCUGCUUUGGGCCAAGGUGGAGGGGAGGAGGGGGUCCGUGUUCCCAAUGAGGACUACUCAACUGAACUCUCAGUGACCAUUGCGGUGGGAGCGUCACUUUUGUUUCUUAACAUCCUCGCAUUCGCGGCUUUGCUGUACAAGAAAGACAAGAGGCGUCUGGAGCACCGUCGGCCACGUCCGCUUCCUCCCCCGAGACGAGACAUCACACCGGCAGAUGUCGCCGCCCACCUGCAGGGGGAGGGACUGAUGUCAUUACAGGUGAAGCAGCUGGAGUGUGAUGCUGCAUCAGCAGACGAGAGAAACAACACUCACCACCAUCACACUCUGGAUACACUGGACGCCCUGGACGGCUUGGAUACCCAGGACAUCUACAGCACGCUGGACACGGUGCGCCUGACCUGCCCACCCGAUUACACCCUCACCUUGCGCCGCUCGCCUGACGACGUCCCCCUCAUGACGUCUCUGACCCCAGGAUCACUGCCCGUGACUCCUGGGUCACACCCUGUCACCCCGGCGACGCCGAUGACCCCCAUGACGCCUGGAUCAGUGGUGGGGAUGAGGAUGGGGCAUCCGCACCAGGCAUACACACACCAUAGCCCAUAUAGUAAUACACACUUGCCACACACACACAUCUCCACGCACACACACUCCACCACGCGUGUAUAACCGCAGCAAGAUACUUGCGCACACAAGGACAUAAUUACAACACACACACGCAUCCUAACACACACACAAACACACACACACACACACACACACACACACACACACAUAAAACAAGAGACUUAAAUACCUCUACUAAUUACCCUGCAGGAUUGUUACAGAUGGAGUGACAGAGAGACAUUUUCAGUAACAGGAUGAAAAGACAGACAGCUGUGUGUUGCAUGUCGGGGAACUGAAGACAAACUGGAUCCCGGGAGAUGCAGUUCUAUGCAUCAUUCGCUCUUAACCUUGAACGAGACGAGCCAAGACAUCCAUCAAAUGUCUCAAAAACCUGCUUUGGAUAUUAAAUCUUCUGCUUUUUCUACACCUGAGGAGGAAGAGGAGGAGCGCUGUGGCAAAAGGGUCAGUUAUGGAUCAGUUUACAUCUCCUACUGUACCUGUGCUGCACAGCGAAGCAGUGCUGAGACUGAGCAGAGCAGAUGCAGACACAGAACUGAGCUAAGAAGUACCACACACACACAGACUGCUGAAGUCAACUUGAACAACCUGUGAAAUGUGAAUGUAGCAUUUUUUCCAUUAAAAGAUCAAAGGCCCUAUCUGCCAAGAAUCAAACUAAGCUGAGGAGGAAAAAAAAAACAAAUUUCAGCAAGAGAUGGAUGUAAAGACAGACAGAGAGGAAGAGGGGAUUACAAAAAACAACAUUAGCUGAAGGAAAAGUUCGUCAGAUGGUGGGAAAGAGAUUAAGAUUUUAUUGAGAGGGAUUUAGCUGCUGUGAGAGCGAGAAAGACUAAGUGAGAUAGAGUGAUAUGGAAAACACAGGAACGGAAAGUGUGCCAAGAGACAGAAAUUAGCUUCAGAAGAUGAAAGGGCCUCUGAAGUGUUGUCAGACUUACUGAAGAAUCACUCUUACCAGCUAUGUGUUAAACUCUUGUAAAUAGAAUGGGAAGAUACAGAUGAUAUAUUAUGAUUUAUAGCAUUUACCUGCUCUUGCAUUAAAACACGACUUAUUUAACCACAUUAUUGCUUUCAUUUCAGAUAUUACUAUAUUAUUGUAUAGGUGUCCUAAAGCAAGGCUGGUUGUCUUUCUAUCUCAUCCACUGUAGUAUGUACACAGUACCAUUAUUUAAAGGCUAUAUUUGCUAUGCACAGUCAUUUCAAUGAUUCUCAACUGUGUAAACAUCUCGAUACUUGUUUAGUAGUUGAAGUAUAGGACAUUUUCACACCAUUCUGUCUAUUUGUUUGACCAUCGAGUGACGAGCUAGUACUGUGUAGAUAAUGCAAUAUUGGUUUGAUGAUUGAGCACCAGCCAAAAACCAUGACCCUUAACCCUUUGUACCUAACCUCCCUUCCCAUUCUCCUUUCCCCGCUUGAUCCUAAAAUGUCUCCUAAAGGCCUUACCCUUAAUAUCUAAUUAACCCAACCUUAUUUAUUGUCCCCGCAGAUGGUGGUGAUGAUUCAGGGGGUCCCAAGUCAGCUUGUCCCAAAACCCCAAAAUAUCAAGAAUGCUUUGUCUUGUGUUAAUUUGACCGUUGUGAGGCCCACACACAUCAAACCGGCAUCAAAGAACUAGUGGCGACAAAGGCUGUUGCUUUGCCCCAUGUCACCUGCUUUGUAGCUAAAAAGUUGCACUUGAACACACCGCAAAGACUUAAGCCAAUGGCCAAAUAGCACGUGCAUGAGAGGAAAUUACUCUCCAUACCAGCAGGUGGCGAUAGUCUGUAUUAAACAUUCAAAAAAGGAAACCAGACGACCAACAGGGCGGGAUCAAGACGCUGGUUAGUGAGUUAGCCCAACCCGACCCAACCCAAUGUUGAGAGAGCAAAGUAUAUUUACUGUGAGCUAACAAUAAGACAAACAAUUACAAACCGUUUCUGCAAAGAGCUCAAUGGCUAAAAAAAGUCGUUUGUUCGAUCUUACGCCCUCUUGACUUUAGCCGUUUGUGUGCUUCCCCCGACUUCAUUUUUCUCUUUCAAUGUCGUUUCAACAUGCUGAACCAGUGCCACAGUGCGGGACACACAGCCAAAACUAGGGCGACAGAUGCUCACCGACAACCCGACAUCGACCCAAUGCUGGCUUGGUGUGUUAGGGCCCUUACACCUUACCAGGGGCCGCAUAUUUCUAGAAGAGCCCCUGCUUGAACUACCUAAUGCUGACUGAAACCUUGUUCAAUUAAUCAUCAUUAAAGCUUAAAAUCUCUCCUAAGUGUCACCCAUAGUCUGCAGAGAAACGUGGAUCUGCCACCCACAUUCUAAAGCCUGGAGUUUGGUUUACUACCUGCCACCGUGUUGUCAAUUGUUCGGAGCCAAUUUGAUUAAUUAGGUGGAGCCUGGGUGGAGCUGAGGAGGGAUGAUCACUGCGGCUUUGUGUGAUAAUUUGACUUGACACUGAAGGCAAACACGCCUCCGAACAUACUGCUUUUUAAGCCUCAAUAUCCUCUUAAUGGAGCCAUCUCUUCUCAAAUUGCCACCAAGACAUGCUUUAGAAGAAGUUAAUUAUUAAGCAGCCCCACCAACAUGUAAAAAUAAUGAUUGAUUUUAUUUUAUAGAGAAGUCGGAGGUUUUCCUGCUGACUUCACAGCGAGUGCUUGAGGGUGGUGGUAGUUACUGCUAUGUGUCAUCAUAGUAAGAUUCGCAGUAUUCAUAAAAUCAAUUUCAUAUUGACAAUUCAUGUGGCAGGGAUGUGGUACUGUCAUGGCUGCCAUUAAAAAAUGACAAAAUGGUGAAACUCUGUCGAUCCGGUCGCUAAUUUGAAGAUAAAAACCUUAUAUGUCAGCUAAACAAACCCCAAACUCCCAAACCUUGAUCCUAACCAGUAAUUUAACCAAAGGCCCUAAUCCUGAUAUUGUAACUUUCCUGUUUUAUCCUCUUUUCCUGU